AUGGGCGAUCGCACCAGAAAUAUAAAGUUAUAUGUCGGCAAUUUGCCUUUUGAUGCCACGGAGGACGAAUUGAGAUCUUUACUGCAUGGCUGCGGUCAAAUACGAUUUCUUAUAGUGAGAAAGAAUGCCCAAACCAACAAGAGCAAAGGGUACGCCCAUAUUGAAUACCGGCAUGAAUAUGAGUGCGUAGAAGCCUUCAAACGGUUGAUCGGAAAAGAAAUUAGAGGGAGGAUACUAAAGAUAGACUGGUGUGACGAAGUCUACAGAGAACGCUAUCCAGAUUUGAUGCUAGCUGCGACCACAGCUUACUCUAGAGGACAAAUAGUACAACCACCUCCUGUUUUGAGACCUAUAGAACCUAUUGGUCGGCCUGAUACGAUCUCUGUACCCAUUGAAAGUCUAUCAACUCAUAUUGAUCAUCUAACGGGAAUAAUACCACCUGCCCCCCCUGAGCUCUUUCCUAAACCAGUUGAGCCGAUUAAAAGACCGGCUGAACCAUUUCAUGACCAUUUUAUUGCUCCAGAUCAUUUACCUGGAAUUAUAGAGCCUAUUAAUCACCCAGUUGGAGUUUAUAGGAAUCCCGUUCCAAGAAACCCAGAAUAUAAUGCAGCUGCUUAUGGUAAGCACUUGAAUGAAUUGAAAAAACUCAAAAACAAUAACGAUUUGACACUAGUAAAUGAGCUUGGGAGAUUGGGGAGUGACGAAAUUUUGGAAGUGAUAAAGGACAUGAGCAUGGUUGAUAUUUUCAACCUAGUGAAGAAAAUUGAUAGCUUUAUGAUAAAAUCCCCAAACACCGUUAGGUCCAUACUUGCUGGUAACCAAAGAAUGUGUAGAGCUCUGGUCCAUGCCAAACUAUUGUUAGGAUACAGAACAUUCAAGUUUAACGAAAGAACCGAACAAAUAAAGCCAAAAGCGCUACAUGAUUAUUUUUAUAUGCAUACAAAGUAA